AUGGGGCCCUCCUCGGCCUCGAGGCCUCGCUCGGGCGAGUCGCGCCCUCUCAGUCGCGACGAAGACAACCUCAUGAUCCCCAACCGAACCUCGUCGUUACACUCGCGCAUCGCCCAACCUGGCCCAGACACCCUGGCGCAGGCAAAGCCGCAACAAAAGGCCCCCAAGACAUUGACCCAUGCGUACAUGGUUUGCGGAGUCGGGAGGGAACCAUCACAAUGGGUCAAGGCACCCGCACCGGUGCAGGGAAAGAUCGCGCACAUGAAGGGUGCCGUCGGCCAGUUCUGGCUGCCGGAGAUCCUCGGCAGCAGUCCCAGACUCGAGCAAGAUAAUGAGAUUGCUCGAUCUCUCCAUUCCGCCAUGAGGGCUUGCUUCCCGCAUGAUGUCGAAAUCUGCACCGGCGCCACCCAACCCCAUUGUGUGCAUCAUGCCUUUGUCUUGCAGCAGGACUCCUCCCAUACUCUGUACGGCAUCGCACUGCGAGUGUGGUCGCGAGCAGACGAGAGACGAGCGGAGACCAUUCGUGACCUUCGCAGACGUACCGAGCCCGACUACUACGACUCCCCGGGCGAGACGUAUUGGAUCCCUUACUGCUUGAGCUUCCUCUCGCGGUAUCCGCUAUACAACCUGCUCGGCGACUACCUCCGAGGCAUGUGGAUCCACUGGAACAAGGCCACCAACCUGUUCCACGCAGAGGAGGUGUCAAGAAUCCUGAGCUUCCCGGCUCCACGGCUGAAUGACCUCGUUCGGAUCGACAUGAAGGAUUAUGCUCUGUGCUACCAGUUUCCCUCGACGCCGACCGGCUUCCAGAACUUCGCAAUGUGGCCAUUGUUCUGCUGUCUGUCGAUUCCCAAUAUCGUGGGCAUUCUGGAGGCUGCUGUGUCGCCCACUCGCCGCAUCAUCUUUAUUUCGCACUACCCUGCGAUGCUGACCGUCGCAGCAGAGACGAUCCGUUUCAUGGUCCGGGUAUACGAGUGGAGUGGCUUGUAUGUGCCCGUGGUGCACGCCCGUCAUGCAAAGGAGCUCGUCCAGGAGCCAGGUCCAUACAUCCUUGGCAUCACUGCCGAAUGCCGCACCCUAUUCACCGCGCCAUCAGAUGCCUUGGUCAUCGAUCUCGAUCGCAAUUUCGUCCUCACAUCCAGCCCGCCCGACGUGUGGAGCUCGAAGCAGCGCACGAAACUCAUCACUCGUAUGACUGGAGCGCUCAAUGGCGACGUUUCCCCGUCUGGCGUCCCACAGCACCUUCGAUCGGCGUACGGAGGUGGCAAGCUUAUUCCCGCCGGUCAGAUCAUCGUGAUGCGUGGAGAGGUGGAAAGUGUGCAGGAGCCGGGUUGGUGGAAUCAGGACAAUCUGAUGAAGGUCAUGGACCACGCCUGUGAGAAGUUGGGUAAAAACACAGGGUUCAAAGCGGUUUUUGGCGGGCCUCAGAAAAAGUCUCUCGUGACCAAGGUGUCGAUGAGGCAUCUCAACGAGAUUGUGCGUGAGCGGAACCAGUAUUCCCGCGAUGCGAUGGAGGCGUGGCAGGACUUCAUCAAUCUGAAGGGGCGCAUGGACACGGAACUGACCAAGGUCACAAAGCGGAACAACUUCUUGGUGGAGGAACUGGAGAGCUGGAAGCAGCAAUUCUUGAAGUUCCAGGCCUUCGCGGAGCAGCUGACAAAGGAGACGAAUGAGCUGAAAGUGAAGAUCGACAAUCACAAACGCGAGAACCGGCGCCUGACGACGCUUAUCGAUCAGCAAAAGGAUGACGCUGCCAGAUUGGCCGUACGCUUGUCUGGGACCGAGAAGCAGCGAGAUGACGCGCUUGAAGCACUCGUGCUCCAGCAAGAAAUCGCGGAAGAGCUGGAGAGAGAGCGGAAGCGCAACACAAAAGACAUCUCCGCUAUGCAGCACACCAAUGCCGUACUACUGCGCCAGCGCGACGAGGCUCAGCGUGUGGUUCUGCAUUUGCGUGCAUUGAUCGACGGCCAGGCGCAUCACAUGCAGCAUAUUGUCAAAUCACUCGGCGAGAUGCCAGACAAUGCCAACGUCCUAGAUGCAGACGCCAAUGGAGAGGCGGAGGACAAGGAUGAAGCCGACGCGGAAUUGGAUCGUGAAGUCGGCGGCUGGGGCUCGAGCCUGCCGUCCAGAGCGAGCACCAGAGUGUCGAGCCGUAUGGGCGGUGAGGAAGCCUCGCUCAUGAGCUCCGUGGCUCGCAAGCGCUUGUCGGAACUCAGCAUGACUGACGUCGCAGACCGCCACCUCCGCGAGAAGACUGAUGCGAUUGCAUACAUCAUUCGCAACAUCUCGGAGCAGUGCGCGGCUGCCGUCGAAGGGCUUGAUCUCGCUCGUCGCGCCGAGACGACUAGCAGCGAAGCCGACGACGAUACCCCCUCGGAGUCGGCAAGGAGACGCAGCAAGCGGCCGAUGAAGAGUCUCUCGACCACUUCUUUCGACGGCGAUUUGCAGUCGAUGAUCUCCGAAGAUGACUACAACGAUGGGCGGAGCGAUGCCGCCAGUUCGUAUCUCCAUCCAAAGCGAUCGUCGAACAUGCCGUCGACCCCCGACCUCAUCCACGACCGCAGCUCCACCAGCAUGAGCACUAGCACGGAGAGCACCAUUGCCACGCCGCUUCGACAGAGCCUGCAGAGCCAGUACAAGGGGCAACACGGCGAUAUCCCCGACAUCCCGACGAGGAUCUUGGAUGAAGAUGAGGAGGCGGCGGAGGGCGCCAUCCGCAUAGAGGCAGCCUCGGAGACCUUGCCGAAAGUGACACCGGGGGCAUUCCCCACUGCGGCAGAAGAACAAGUCGGAGCUGUUUAG